CACCAUUCCCCGCCAAUUCCCCCCACCACCAUCACCACCACUACCAUCCUCGACCUCGCCCGCAAACCCCUCGCCCUCCUCCUCUUCUCCGUCGCCAUCGGCUUCCUCCCCUCCCCCCUCGCCCAAUCCCGGGCUCUCGCCGCCCCCGCUUCAGUCGCCACGAAAGAGGAGGCCGCCAAACCCAAUAAAGGCGACACCUUUAGCGACCAUGAGUUCUCAAUCUACACUAGAAAGCUUCUCUCUGCCGUUUCCGUCCUUCUCGAGAGGAUCGAGGAGGUGAGGGCGUCGAAAGGGGAUCUGGACAUUGUUCGGGAGGCGUUGAAGGAGGUGAAGGAGAGGAGGAAGGAGGUCCAAGGCGAAGUUUUGGGCAAUUUGAAUGCGGAGCUGAGAGAAUUGAGGAAGGACAGGGAAGAGCUGGUUAAGAAGUCUAGUGAGGUCAUGGAGGCGGCGUUCGCGGCGAGGAAGGAGAGGGAUCGGCUGUUGAAGAGUGGUGGUGGUGGGGGCGAUGAGGUGAGGGAGAGUGUGGAGAUAUUGGAGAGAAGGUUGGGUGAGUUUGAGAAGGAGUAUAAUGGGUUAUGGGAGAAGAUUGGGGAGAUUGAGGAUAGGAUCUCGAGGAGGGAGACGUUGACAUUUAGUAUUGCCAUUAGGGAGCUCUCGUUUAUUGAGAGGGAGAGUGAGCUCUUGGUGGAGAGAUUUAGCAAUCAACUGAGACGGAAGGAUCGCGAGAGUGUGCUAAAGAGCAUUCCAAGUAGGCUCUCCAGAGAUGAUGUACAGAAAGAUCUAGAAGCAGCACAAAAUAAAUACUGGGAACAAAUGCUACUGCCAACGGUCCUGGAAGCUGAGGACUUUGAAAUUUAUUCAGAUACUAGCACUCGAAAUUUUUCCCUUCAAAUAAAAGAAGCACUCAAGGAGUCCAAAAAGUUGCAAAGCAAUCUGGAAAAUCAGAUUAGACGAAAGAUGAAAAAAUUUGGGGAUGAAAAGCGCUUUGUUGUUAGGACGCCAGAGGAGGAAGUGCUCAAGGGAUUUCCAGAAGUUGAGCUAAAAUGGAGAUUUGGGGAAAAUGAUGUUGUUGUUCCUAAAGCUGUUACCUUACACUUAUUUCAUGGUUGGAAGAAGUGGAGGGAGGAAGCAAAAGCUAAAUUGAAAAGGGAGUUAUUGGAAAAUGCAGAUCUUGGUAGGGAAUAUAUGGCUCAGAGGCAGGAGAGAAUCCUUUUGGACAGAGAAAGGGUGAUGACUAAGACAUGGUUUAAUGAUGAAAGAAAUAGAUGGGAAAUGGAUCCAGUUGCUGUUCCUUAUGCUGUUUCAAGGAAGCUAGUCGAAAGUGCUCGAAUUAGGCAUGAUUGGGGUGUCAUGUAUCUUGCACUUAAGGGUGAUGAUAGAGAAUAUUAUGUGGACAUCAAGGAAUUUGACUUACUUUUUGAAGAAUUUGGUGGAUUUGAUGGCAUGUAUCUUAAAAUGCUGGCAUCUGGCAUUCCAACUGCUGUUCAGUUGAUGUGGAUUCCUUUGUCUGAAUUAGAUAUUCGUCAACAGUUUCUCUUAGUAACAAGAAUUUUAUCCCAGUGCUUGAUUGGAUUGUGGAACUCUGGUGUCGUAUCGUAUGUGAGGGCAUGGGUUUUCUUGAAGAUUAAGAAUAUCACUGAUGAUUUCAUGGUCGUGGUUGGUUUUCCUCUUGUGGAGCUUAUAAUUCCAAAGCAGGUAAGAAUGAGCUUAGGGAUGGCUUGGCCUGAAGAAGCCUAUCAGUUCGUCGGCACAACAUGGUAUCUAAAAUGGCAAUCUGAGGCGGAAAUGAAUUACAGAUCUAGGAAGACCAAUAGCAUUCGGUGGUAUCUUUGGUUCUUAAUAAGAAGUGCUAUAUAUGGGUACGUUCUGUUUAAUGUGUUCUGCUACCUAAAGCGGAAGAUUCCAAAGCUUCUAGGAUAUGGACCUUUGCGCAGAGAUCCGAACUUGCGGAAAUUUCGAAGAGUGAAAUUUUAUUUUCAAUACAAAUUACUUAGAAGGAUUCGAAGAAAAAAGGAGGGAAUCGAUCCGAUAAGAACUGCAUUUGAUCAGAUGAAGAGGGUGAAGAAUCCACCAAUACGACUAGAAGACUUUGCAAGUGUUGACUCUAUGAGAGAAGAAAUCAAUGACAUUGUGACUUGUCUACGAAACCCAACUGCUUUUCAGGAGAAAGGAGCUCGUGCACCAAGGGGAGUUCUUAUUGUUGGUGAGAGAGGAACAGGGAAAACAUCGCUUGCACUAGCCAUAGCAGCGGAAGCUAAAGUUCCUGUUGUUGAGGUCAAAGCUCAUCAACUUGAAGCUGGUUUAUGGGUUGGUCAAAGUGCAUCCAAUGUCAGGGAGUUAUUCCAGACAGCUAGGGAUCUGGCACCGGUAAUUAUUUUUGUUGAAGAUUUCGAUCUUUUUGCGGGUGUUCGAGGCCAAUUUAUCCACACUACGAAGCAAGAUCAUGAGGCAUUUAUUAAUCAGCUUCUUGUGGAACUUGAUGGGUUUGAGAAUCAAGACGGAGUUCUUCUGAUGGCGACUACCAGAAAUCUUAAACAAAUCGAUGAAGCAUUGAAAAGACCAGGCCGCAUGGAUAGAGUAUUGCAUCUCCAACGACCAACUCAAAUGGAAAGGGAAAAGAUAUUACAGUUUGCAGCGAAGGAAACUAUGGAUAAAGAAUUGAUUGAUUUUGUUGAUUGGAAAAAGGUUGCGGAAAAGACAGCUCUUUUAAGGCCUAUAGAAUUGAAACUUGUUCCUUUGGCUCUCGAAGGUAGUGCAUUUAGGAGCAAGUUUCUUGACACUGAUGAACUAAUGAGCUACUGCAGCUGGUUUGCGACUUUUAGUAGUACCAUUCCCAAGUGGCUGAGAAGAACACCAAUUGCCAAGAAAAUAAGUAAGCAUAUAGUUAAUCAUCUUGGUUUGACUUUGACAAGAGAAGAUAUGCAGCAGGUGGUUGAUCUAAUGGAACCCUAUGGUCAGAUAAGUAACGGAAUUGAACUUCUGAGCCCUCCUCUUGAUUGGUCAAUGGAGACAAAGUUUCCUCAUGCUGUGUGGGCAGCUGGUCGUGGACUUAUUACUCUUCUUCUACCAAAUUUUGACAUCGUUGAUAACAUAUGGCUUGAGCCAACUGCAUGGGAGGGAAUUGGAUGUACAAAGAUUACAAAAGCAAAGAAUGAAGGCUCUGUAAAUGGAAAUGUAGAAUCACGGUCAUACCUGGAAAAGAAGCUCGUCUUUUGCUUUGGUUCAUAUAUUGCAUCUCAAUUGCUACUACCUUUCGGCGAAGAAAAUUUCUUGUCCUCAUCUGAACUUAAGCAAGCUCAAGAGAUAGCAACACGCAUGGUGAUUCAAUAUGGAUGGGGUCCGGAUGAUAGUCCUGCUAUUUACAUCACUAGCAAAGCGGUUGGCUCUCUGAGUAUGGGGAACAACCAUGAAUUUGAGAUGGCAGCUAAAGUUGAAAAGAUGUACGACUUAGGGUACGACAAGGCCAGAGAAAUGCUUCUGAAAAAUCGUAAAGUGCUAGAGAAAAUUGUGGAGCAGUUACUUGAGUUCGAAAAUUUGACAGGAGAGGAUUUGAUUAAUAUUCUCAAUGAGAAUGGAGGAAUUCGAGAGCAAGAGCCAUUCUUUCUAUCAAAAUCCUAUUAUAGCGAGCUCACUUCUGACGGUGCCAUGGACGACAACGGGAAUGGAGCAGCAUUGAACCUUCUAGGUACCACAGUAUAAGGCAGUGAGAACUGCUGAAAAUGGAGCUCCUUCAUAUCCGCUUCUAUUAACGAAGUUAGGGUGGCAAUUUUGCGAACACGGCUCAAACCCAAGGAGGAAAAGUAUGGCUUGGGUUCGCCUUAUGUUAGGAUUAUGUCGACCACCUCUGUUUGUAAAACGGCUUUGCAAAUUAUACGAACACGACGCGCAAACACAAACACGACAUCGACACCAUAGAUGCUCCCGAAAAGCAUCUGCUGCUUGGAUUGGGAGUUGACAGUAGCUGCUCCCAAGCAUAUCUCACCUGCUCACCACAUUCAUAACAAUAAUAAUAGUAAUAGUGCAGAUGAUGAUGAUGAUGAUGAUGCUAGUAGAAGCAUUAGUUUCUCUUUACAUGGAAUAUUAUCUACAGGCAUAUAUGAAAGCAGAUGCUUGGCCACAACUCACCCUAGACAUAUUAAAGCAGCAGCUUUCUGGGAGUUGAAAAGGAGAAGCAGCAACUGGAGAAGCAAACAGACAAGGAUUUGAGGUUGCAUCAUCAGCAUACCACCAACUGCAUUUGGAACUUUAUUCCUGAGCCCCAUUAAUGGAUCCCCUCUGCAAAAAGGAUGGGAAUAUAUUUGGAUAGUAUCUUCUUGUUUAUGUUGCACAACAAAUAGGUUAUUUGUUUUGAUUUGCCCAUUUGGGUUUAUUCUACCACCUGCUCUGCUCUACUUGCUUUCUUGUGAGAUAAUGCAGGUGCAAACCCCAAACUUAUUUAACAUUUUCAAAACAGUAAAAAUAAGAUAAUUUUCAUUUGCGUCCCUGAA